AUCCAUCCAUCCAUCCAUCCAUCCAUCCAUCCAUCCAUCCAUCUAAUCUCAUUCCCUACCCUGACACACCUCUACUCUACUUUAGUACUUUAUUAGUACUUUACUACUUCUCAAAAACCUCCCUCCUCCUCCUUCUUCUUCCUUCUGGUUACAACACAAUUCUCUUCAAUCUUUUGAUUUCCUUCUUCCCUUUUCCAUAGCUAAAUUCGCAGCUAUGGAUAUCUUAUCAAAUGCAACCAUUGCUGCAACUCCAGCUACCUUUUUAGGUAUUUACGAUGAGUUGAGUAAAUACAAUGUUCAUCUCAACAUAUUUGAAAGACUCUGGGCGAGUUGGUAUGCCUACAUGCAAAAUGAUGUCCUUGCCACUGGUAUCAUGAGUUUUGUGAUGCAUGAAGUCUUUUACUUUGGUCGAAGUCUUCCUUGGGUCAUCAUCGAUCAAAUUCCUUAUUUCAACAAAUAUAAGAUUCAAGGGAAUAAAAUCCCUACUGCUGCCGAACAAUGGACAUGCACAAAACUCGUUCUCCUUUCCCAUUUCACUGUCGAACUUCCUCAAAUUUACCUCUUUCACCCAAUGGCAAAAUACUUUGGAAUGGGUACCGAUGUCCCUUUCCCAUCGAUCUUCACCAUCGCCUAUCAAGUUGCCAUCUUUUUCGUUUUAGAAGACACCUGGCAUUAUUGGAUGCAUCGCGCCAUGCAUUACGGAUGGCUUUACAAGAAAGUUCACAAAAUUCAUCAUCAAUACUCUGCACCCUUUGGUCUCGCUGCCGAAUACGCAUCACCAAUCGAAGUUAUGGUUCUCGGUCUCGGAACUGUCGGAUCUCCAAUUCUCUGGGUUAUGCUCACCGGAAACCUCCACAUUUUGACCAUGUAUAUUUGGAUCGUGUGCAGACUUUUCCAAGCAAUUGAUGCUCAUAGUGGUUAUGAAUUCCCUUGGUCGCUACAUCAUUUCUUGCCUUUCUGGGCUGGUGCUGAACAUCAUGAUACUCAUCAUGAGAAGUUUAUCGGAAAUUACGCAAGCAGUUUCAGAUGGUGGGAUUAUGUUUUGGAUACCGAGAGUGGACCUGAAGCUGCCAAGAGAAGAAGAGAGAGAAAGAUGGAGAAGGAAGCAAAGAUUGCAAAGAAGGCUCAGUAAAUAUUUACUUAGCCUUAUCUCUGCCCCAGACGAAUGAGAAAGUGGAGGCUGUACAUAUUAUGUCAUAGGCCACUUCAAUGGGCUCAUUUGAUCUCUGGGAAAUAGGUAUUAUCCAUCAAGGUUAUGGAUACACGUCCAUCCGGAAGGAUGAACAGAAAAAUAGAUGACUACGAGAGAUGAUAGAUGAGAGAUUCACAAAGUUAUAUUCUGGUAAUAAGGGUAUGGUUUUUGAGAUUUCCGCGAAGAUACCGGAAAUUCAAUCACUGUUCAGAGAUGUGCAUACAUGUAAUGCAGGCGUUGUGGGAAGAGGAGAGAGGGGAUGUAUGAAAUUCUUCUUCUUUUUUAUAGAUUACAUACGUACUUAUACCUAAUUAAUACUUUUUUAUUGAUCAUAUUUUUCAUGAAGCUACUGAAAUGCAUAUUUGGGAGGAGUAUUAUACUUUGAGAACAUAUUAGGUAUAUAAGUAGGUACUUUUAUUCUAAUAUCUCUUCUG